AAUCGUUAGCGGCUCAUCGGCCGUCGCCCUUCCACGAAAUCAGCGGCAGCGAGCGAGGCGAGGAGAGAAGACAUCUCCGUCAGCAGAGGCAAGCCAAAGCCCCCCGCGCGCGAAGCCAGACGGAAAAUAUCCCGUCGACGACGACGAGUAGGAGAAGGUAUCUCUCUCCGUCUGUCUUGGCCGCGGCGGCCGGAAGAAGAACAAGAAGAAGAAGAGAGGAGCGGAAGCUCGCGACGAUGGCGUGCCGGGCCCUCGCGCUCCUCGUCCCGGGCCCCCUCCUCCGCCGCGCCGCCGCGGCGGCGUCGCCGCCACCGGCGGCGCGGGGCGCGGCGCGCCGCCGGGGGGCCCGCCGCCACAUCCGGUGCUGCCCCGGCGGUGGGGACCCCGGACAGCCCCCGCAGGAGGCCGUGCUCGAGGCCAUCUCCAAGGUAGCCAGGUCUAAAGGAAGGGUUGCACUCACAACAAAUAUGGUCCUUGGUGGUACCGUGACAGAUGAUGCAAGUGAUGAAUGGCUUGUUCUGGAUCAGAAGGUAAAUUCAUACCCUACAGCUAGAGGAUUUACAGCAAUUGGUACUGGAGGUGAUGAUUUUGUCCAGUCAAUGGUCGUUGCAGUUGAAUCUGUUCUUCAAGAACCCAUUCCCAAGGGCCAAGUGUCUCAUAAAUUGUCCUCUAGGGGAAAAUAUGUCUCUGUAAAAAUUGGACCAAUUCGUGUUGUUUCCAGUGAGCAGGUCCAAGCCGUGUAUCGAGCCAUGAGAAGAGAUAACAGGAUGAAGUAUUUCUUAUGAACUGAAAUAAUGUGCCCUGUAUAUUCCAUAUUUCUGUCCAUCUUGUUCCGUCAGCAUCCGACAAUGCAUUCUGCCAUGCUUGCUUGGGGACUAUGUAAAUUGAAGAGAAAUAGGGAGGACCCUUUUUGUGACAUCCAAGCCCAACCUGAAAUGGCUCCAAAGCAUGCACUACAAUGUAAAAAACUAUUAUAGCCUGUAGCAUAGAGUUCAUGGUUAGCUAAGUGCAUGUUUGAAGUUGCAUAUCUAUCGACCUAAUAAUAGAAAAAGAACAAAGAUCUAUGUUAGCACUUCAUGGUUGUCCGUGUAAGCACGUGUAAGAAAUAUGCAUGUCUCUUUUAACAGGAACUUGCUGCCACUUGCUGAUAAACAAAUUUGCAGACCGUCAUACUGGUAUUCUCUACUAUU